UAAGGUACCUAGAGGUAGGAGCCCCCCCACCCCACCCCAACUUGUAAUCAUUUUAACUUAGUCUUCACACUCCCACCUAUUUCAUAUCUUCCCUUUUCUUCUCAAAACACCUCUAAAACCAUGGCCUCAUCAAACCUUCUCAACAUACUCUCAACUCUCUUAUUUUUGUCCACGAUUCUUGAUUUUCUGCCGACAGCGACGCCGCAGGAGUGCCCGUAUCCGUGUUAUCCACCGCCAAUAGGCCCCGGAAACGGCCCGCCAGCCACCACAACCCCACCGGCAUCCACCACUCCUCCGGCGGCUCUCUCUCCUCCAGCUAAUUCCUUCACUACUCCUCCGGCGGGUUACAUCCCAUUUACUCCGCCGUCGCCUUACUUUUCCGGAGCGGUGCCGCCGCCGCCGGAGCCGAUUCUGCCUUGGUUCCCAUUUUACUACAGAAAGCCACCACAUCAAGAUCAAUCCUCAUCGUCACCGCCAGCCACAGGGUCAACGAACCUUGUCUUAUUCAUUUUUCCUCUUCUUCUUGUUUGCCACUAUUAAACUCAUGUUUUCUCCAUCAUCCUUUUCAUGUUGCUCAUGUAUGAUGUAUUAGCCCAGGAUCGUUCAUAUAUGUAUGAGAUGAGACCACAAAUAUAGCUUCUUUUUCAUUUGUGUUAAUAUAUUGAUAAUCAAAUUUAAUGGAACAGCUAAUCUUAUAAUCUCA